AAAGCGACUUUUUUUUAAACGAAAAAAAAAAAAGAACAUUUAAGAUAGGCGCAAACAUAUGAAAUAAUCAACAGAGAUAAAAUUAUUUGUUUCAUCUAGUCUAUGAAUGACUUUUUGAGCUGCCGUUUUGAGUUUAUAUUUCACCAAAGAUAAGAAAUCUGGUCGCACAGGCAAAAGAUAAUGACAGAAUGAAUGCAGAAGCUAUUAUGUUCAUGUUAGUAUGUGAUUUUAAAAAUGACACAUUAAGAUGCAUUCGGGAAGAUUGCAAAACAACAACUUCAAAUAUUACCGAGCAGCUCGGAAACGAUUGUUUUUACAUGUUUUGUCUGCUAUCAAUCAGGGAUAAUUAUUAAACUUCGUUUUAAAACACGGCAAGAAAAAACAGUUAAUACUGCCCAUUUGGUAUCGAAAAGCAGCAUGAAAUGGCAUCUAGCAAAAAUCCUAGUUUUAAAGUGAAACUAAAAUCUGUCUCCCAGAAAAAACGUCGAAAAUCAGAUUUGGUUGUUAUGUGGCACUCGAUAGUGGAUGCUACUCUACAAAUCAUUACAACAAUCCAUUUUCUGUUGCUUGGAGUUUGGGAGAGUACAAGAUUAUUGAUAUGGAAUGACGAGGUUCAAGAUAUCCGUCAAUUCCUGAAGAACUAUCUUCCGCAUGUCCCGGAUAAUUUUUCAAUCAGUUGGAGAGAUGGAAAGCUUCUUUGCGUCUUAUUGAACAAGCUGCAACCAGGCUGCAUACCGGAUGCUGAAACUUUGGAUCACAACUAUGCCCUUCGCAACAUGUAUCAUGCAUUCGACGUUCUAGAAAGAAAGUUCGGUAUCUCUCCGACUGCAACGGUGGAACAGUUGGUGGUAUGCGUUGAAGGAUCACAUCUUAAGUUACUAGAGAUUCUAUCUCAGUUGAAAAAAGAAACAGAAAACAAGCAAGUACCAUCGAUUCAAGUGGAAGAAGUGGAAACAGAAAAUGAAACGCAAUAUUCUUGUAUCGAUUUGAAUAACUCUGUCUGUAAAGGAACUGGGUUAAUGGUUGCUUUCGUUGGCCGUCCUGCUGACUUCGUUGUCCUUAGCUCUAACAUGUCUGACAUAAGCUUAGUAAUUGAGAUCAAGGGACCGUGCCAUACAGUAUGUCGAGAAAGAAUUACAAAGCGAUCUCCCAAGAAGAAAAUUUCAACAACUCUAUUGGAACAAAGUAAACCACCUUUUUACCGAUCACAUUCGUACUCAGAAAAAAACAAUUACCCAAAGGAGGCGAAUAAAACUGAUGACUCAGAAAAAAAUCUCAUACCUUUAGAAUACGAUAUCUCUUUAGAUAAAAUAAGCGUAACUUAUAUACCAUUAGUUCAGGGUCAACAUGUAAUCUCCAUUUUAUGGUAUGGCCAGCAUGCAUCAGACAGUCCGUAUGUUGUCAAAGUCGAACCAACAAUCGAAGUCGAGGGUAUUUAUACGACGCAGCAAUUGAAACCAAGUUUGAGUUUUCAGGAUAAUAAUGACGACAAUGCUAACAAGGAACGCAAAAAUGGAACUGUUACAAUUCAAAAACCCGUUCAUAAAAUAGAAAGAAUCGGUAAAGUGAUAAAGCGCCGCGUACUCAGACAUAUCGUGAAGAUUAAAGACAAAGAUAUUAUAGUUGACAGCAAUGAUAUUGAUCAUCUUGCAGCUGCUCUUUUGAAAAUGGAUUAUGAGAUUCAGACUGAUCCUUCGAAAAGUAGAAGAAACAGCUGGGGUUUUGCAGGGGAUGCAGAACGGAAAAUAAGUGCCAUACGACAAUUUUGUAUUCCACUUCAAGAAUUGGAGGCUCAAAAUAUGAAAUUACAAGGUCGAUCGCGAUCUUUAACUAUCAAUACCAACCCAAGAUUGCCUUUGAGGCGAAGUAAUUCUUUUGAAAGUGAGGAUUUUAUUAGACAAACAAAACUCGAGACCGUUUCAGAAGAUUCCAUCAAUGUUUAUUCGCCCAGGCUUCCAGAGAAUAUGGAUCAAGAUGAAGAAGUGUUUGCGUAUAUAAAUGAAGACUUUCAAAUGUCUGAACAGGCGUCAGGUGGAAAUCAAGCAGUGAUGCUGAAUGAUAACACAAAAGAAGUAACUAAUAUGUCCUUAGAUGCAAUUAACAAUGUUCAAAAAAAUGUGCUUCAAUCUUUACCAACAGAAGAAGACAAAGAAGAUUUGCGUAAUGAUUUGAAUGCAGUAAGCCGUCAGGAGCUGCCGCAGAAUGACUUGACUUGUUCAAGUAAAUUUUCUGACAGGUCAGCAGCGGAAAAUGAAAUGCAAUACAACCCAGAUAUCUUUGAGAGUAUUGAAAACGAGCUUAAAAUCAAUGCAAUAUCGUUCGGUGAUAAUCAUCAUAAUAUUACUACUUCAAAUGGUUCUUCCAAUAAGCCUGAUAAUUUUCAAGAUCUAAAUGGAAAUAAAAUUUCUUCGAAAACUUAUUUCGAUGAUAAAAAAGAGAUUGUUAAGAUUUAUAAUGAUCUGGGUGACAAAAACAAAUUCGAUAAUCUUGAAGGAAAUUUUACUGUAUUGGUAGAAAAACUUCCGAACUCAUGUCAUGUACCAUUUUCUGAAUCAGUGUUUAAUGAAAAGAAUGCUUCCAAAGAGUAUUUUCAGUUUUCAUCUUCCACAAACGAUAAACCAGAUAAUUGGAAAUUGUCUUUGACCAAAUGUUCUACAAAUGUUCUUUCACCACUUCGAAUGAAAAAACGUAAUCAGAGUGGUUUUGAAGGUAGAAAAUAUUGCAAAUCUUGCAGAAAAUUAGAAACCUUAAACAAAAAACUCAUAGUUCGUAAUCAAAAAAUAAAUAAGAAUAACUCUUAUUACUCAAAAGAGAAAAAUUCAGAAUGUUCGAAUUUCACUAUUAAAGAUGAUUCUGGAAUUUCUGAAAACAUGAAAAUACGCUUAAAUUCUGAGAUUGAGAAUAAAAAUGAUUCUGUAAGCCUGCAGAAAAAAAAUCAAGAGUUUAAGAAUUCGAAGCUUAAAUUUUUUGAAUCACCUGGAAAAUAUUCUUUUUAUUACUACCCUCAUUCGUCUGACGAUCACACUGAGCCUCCAGAAUUUGUGCAAUCUAGUAAUAACAGUGAGACAAAUAUUAAAACAAACAGAAUUAAGAACAACACAAUACCAUUAUCUUCGAAAAUGACGACAUUUACGAAUUCAUAUGAAAGUUCAGAUCAGAAUUACUUAUACAACAAUUCUACCUUACGUCUGAAUUAUGAUUCAUCGAACAAUUUGACUUCGUCUGCAUUUGAAUUUGACAGUCCGAUGAUAAAAUUCAAAGAAGUAUCAGAUUCCACUGAGUAUCAAAUUAAGGAGCACAAUUUGGUAUCUUUGGGGCAAUAUAAUUUUAAACAGUUCAAUCCUUCCACGGAGAAAAGUAAAGGUAGUUUAAUUAAAAAUAAAAUAAAAAAAUUAGAACGAGCAAUGAUGCGAGAUUCUCAAAAAAUUAAAUCCAAAUGCUCUUCACGAAGUAGUAUUUCAAGUGAUACAGUGAAUGUGAAGGAUAAGUUGACAUUUUGGGAAAAUCUGAGCCGAAAAGAUCAAAUGGAGGUUAACAUUGGAGAUGAUACAAAUGCAGAAAUAAACCAUUUUCAAGAUGAAUCCAUUAUAGCAAAUGAAAAAUAUUUGGAAUUUGAUGAUACAGUUUUAAAAGGAGAAAGUGAAACAAGUGACUUUUUCUGGCCUGGAGAUGGUACUAUCAACGAUACGAAAAACAAUACGGCGCCAAAUGACGAAGACAUCAGCUUGCACCAAGAAAUUAAAUUUCCUAUAGAGCGUAAAAACAGUUAUAAAAUGAAGCGAAGCUUCAGCGAUCCUGUCUUACUAGAUCCUAUGCUUCGAGAUAGUUUACUCUUUGCUCAAAAUCCAUUAAAUGUCCUCAAUAAACUAAACCGUGUGUCAAGUACAGAUAACAUGUCCUCUUCAGGUGAUUACUUAGAAUCAUCUAUAGAUGAUGGACUGUAUUCAUCGGAUCCCUUUGUGUCUACUGAAGAUGAAUAUAUAGACGAUGAAAUUCCCGGAAAUUCGCUGCUCACUCACUGGGGAGAUCUGAACAUCAUGAAAAGUUUAAAGUCAGCAAAUGCUUCUAAGCAUAAAGAAUACUGCCAGUUCAUUGAUUCAGAAAUUCUGAAGAAUCAGUUUCAAUCCGUCGAAAUUUGCCCUUCUGAGUGUAAAGUGUUUGGUAUAGGUACUUACUACGGCUAUGUAGCUGUUAAAAAUCGCUUCCAGGUCUUGACGAAAGGAGCAGGUAAUGGAAAUUUGUCUGCAAGUGUACAGGGUUUCGGCAAGCAUGAUGUGAGUUUCGUCAGUGUUAAAUACAAGCACAAGGACAUUUAUGAAGUAACUUAUCAGGUUUUGAGACCAGGCCUAUAUCUUAUAUCUAUUCGUUGGAUGGAAAAACCUAUAAUAGGCAGUCCUUUCCUCUGUAAAGUGACAUUUUAAAAAAAAUCUGAAGGAUUCCCAAGAAAAGUGAACUCUCGUCCAAAUCACCUGCUAUAUCUUUCAAUCAAAUAUAAAAUUUUUGUUUUUCCAAAUAUGCUUUAGAAAUAACAUUUUUACACUCUGUCACCAAAUGGAAUUGUCCAGAUAUUUGAUUACUAAAGUAAUUCACAAUAUGCUACAGCGUUGAGGAACUUAUCAUUGCUUUUGCACUAUGCCAAGUUGGACCAUAUGGAAUAGUAUUUAAUCAGAUCAUUUCUUUAGUAAUGACGCAUAGUUAUUAACGUUAUUUACUACAUAUUUGAUUACUUAAGUGAUUUACAAUAUGCUACAGCAUUGACAAAAUUUGUGAUUGCUUUUGCACGAUGGACCAUAUGGAAUAGUAUAUAAUCAGUUCAUUUUUUUAGUAAUGACGCAUGGUUAUUGACGUAACGACCCAGACUUAUGGACUGUAGAAGCUGGAAACUUUAAUGCAAUCAAGAGAACAUAAAAUAAAUAAUGGUAUUGAUUAAUCCAUAAAAAAUGAAAUUGAGUACAUGUCACUUGAACUGGCUAUAAUAAGCGGUUGAGCAGGUGAUGCAUUAUUUCAGUGAUAAGUUGUGUCAGAAUCGAGUAACACACAAACAUUCUUUUUGAAAAUUUUAAGUAGUUGACGUUAUUCAAACUUAAAUGAUCUCUGAAAAUCUUCUGCGUUUGGUCAGAAAGUACAUGUAGUCAACCAGCUAAAAAGAAUUUCAUAACCCAAAUUCCAGAACUGCCAUUAAAAUAACACUGUUAAUCUCUAUGAUAUAUCUUAACAGUUAUAUCAGUUCUUUCGCAUGCAGUUUAACUUCUCAGGGUGUGCCUAAAAUAAGAUGAUGAGACAUUCAAUAAAAAAUGUAAAAAUAAGAAGAAAGAAAACUGUUCCAUUUAUUUAUUUAUUUACAAAUGAUUGGCAAAAUGAUUGGCAAAAUUCUAAAAUAACUGUGUUUUUAAAGUAACUUAAUACUCUAAAUGUUUUUCUUUUGUUUUGCUCAACCUUGUUACUGUAGGUGUUUUAUAAUUAUUUUGAAGUAUUUUGUGAUGUUACUUUGUGAGUAGUUAAUUAAAUAAAAAAAAUAUCUUAAAAA